UUGUUUACGUUUGAGUACAAAGUUCAAUCGACGAGUUUUCUAAAAAUGCUGCGAAUUAAUAAUUUCGGUACCAGAAAAUUAAUUAAAGAUGUUUGCAAGCAAAGAUAUUAUUCGGCUGCGGUGCCAAAACCCAAAACUGAGCACGAGACAAAAAAGGAGCCCAAAAGAGAAAACGAGUCGUUCAUGGCGAACAUCUUUCGUGGCAACUUAGUAUCCAAACAAGUUUUUCCCUAUCCAGAUGUCUUGACAGAAGAGCAAAAAGAGAUAACUAACAGCUUGGUUGACCCUUUUGAGAGAUUCUUCACCGAGGUGAACGAUGCUGCAAAGAGCGAUGCCAACUCUAAAACUGAUGAUAGUACGCUUAAGAGUCUGUGGGAGCUUGGCGGUAUGGCUAUACAAGUGCCAAAUGAUUAUGGCGGCCUGGGUAUGAACAAUACUCAGUAUGGAAGACUAUGUCAAAUUGUGGGCGCAAAUGACUUGGGAUUGGGCAUAACGCUUGGAGCGCAUCAAAGUAUUGGCUUUAAGGGUAUUCUGCUGUACGGAACUCAGGCGCAAAAGGAUAAAUAUUUGCCAAAGGUGUCCACCGAAGAGGUCUAUGCGGCCUUUGCGCUCACCGAGCCGAGCUCUGGCUCUGAUGCCAACUCAAUUCGUUGCCGCGCAGUUAAGAGUGCCGACAAUAAAUAUUAUGUGUUGAAUGGUUCCAAAAUAUGGAUAUCAAACGGUGGAAUUGCCGAGAUUAUGACCGUAUUCGCCCAGACGGAACAGAUUGAUAAGAAGACAGGCGAAAAGAAGGAUAAAGUAACGGCUUUUAUUGUUGAGCGCUCCUUUGGCGGCGUCACCAGUGGUCCACCAGAAAAAAAGAUGGGCAUUAAGUCCUCAAAUACGGCUGAGGUGUACUUUGAGGAUGUGAAAAUACCCAUUGAGAAUGUGCUCGGCGAGGAAGGAGAGGGUUUCAAAGUGGCUAUGAAUAUCUUGAACAACGGUCGCUUUGGCAUGGGAGCCACACUAUCGGGCACCAUGAAGAAGUGCAUUGAGAUUGCCACUGCGCAUGCCAACAAUCGCGUUCAGUUUGGGCAGAAGCUCAAAGCGUAUGCUUCCAUUCAGGCCAAACUAGCGCAAAUGAACAUACUGCAGUAUGCUACGGAGUCUAUGGCGUUUGCCAUCUCACAAAACAUGGAUGCAGGUAGCCAGGAUUAUCAUUUGGAGGCGGCCAUUUCCAAGGUGUACGCCUCGGAGUGCGCCUGGUAUGUCUGCGAUGAGGCUAUUCAAAUUCUGGGCGGCAUGGGCUUCAUGAGAGACACUGGACUAGAGCGCGUAAUGCGAGACCUGAGAAUCUUCCGCAUUUUCGAGGGUACCAAUGACAUAUUGCGACUGUUUGUAGCGUUGUCCGGCGUGCAGUACGCUGGCAAUCACUUGAAGGAGCUGCAGCGCGCCUUUAAGAAUCCUUCUGCGAAUCUGGGCUUUAUAUUCAAGGAGGCAUCCAGGCGUGCCACAACCUCUGUAGGCUUAGGUGGUACCGAUCUGAGCGCACAUGUGGUGCCCGAGCUCAUGGAGAGCGCCAAGAAGACCGCCGCUUGCAUCGAUCUAUUUGGACGUACAACUGAAGAGGUUUUGCUUAAGCACAACAAGAACAUUAUCCACGAGCAGUUGAUUUUAAACAACUUGGCUGACGCCGCCAUCGAUAUAUAUGCAAUGGUUGUGACCCAGUCUCGCUCGUCCCGCGCUUCAAAACUUAAUUUGCCAACCGCCCAACACGAAAUCAAUUUAACCAAGGCGCUAGCUACUCAAGCCUCCGAUCGCGUGAUGGAUAAUCUCAAGAAAACCACCUCUGGCCAACAGCAAGGCCAAAAUAAACUACUGUCUGUUAUAGCACAGGAGAUUUGCAAUCAGGAUGGUGUGCAUACCACAGGUCCUCUUGACCAGCAAUAGUACAACAAGCUCAAGCCUUAAGCCAAUUAGAAAAAUUUACUAGCAUAUGAAACUCACGACACAUUUUAAUUUGUUUGCUUAUUGUUUAACCGCUGUUUUAUCUAAAUAUUAUUUAAAAGCCUCUUUCGUUGAAUAUACAUGUCAAAAUUUAUUUAAACGAC